AUGUCUUUCGGAAAGCUUUACUGGUACCCCAAGGCGCCUCGCGCCACUCAGUGUCUCUACAUCGCAGAGUACAACAAGCUUGAUAUCGAGUUCGUCGAGGCAUGGCCGAUCAAGGUGGACGCUAGCAAGGGCGGCGUUGGCGAAGAUUACCUCUCAAAGUUCCCUCCAGGCAAGGUGCCUGCCCUCGAGCGCCCCAACGGCUUCACAUUAUUCGAGUGCAUUCCUGUUUCCAUCUACCUCGCGAAGCAGGACCCCAAGACCAAGUUGCUCGGCUCCACCCUCGAGGAGGAGGCCACGAUCCUGAAGUGGGCCUCAUUCGCAAAUAGCGAGCUUCUGCCUCCCAUUAUGGCGUGGAUUAACCCGGUUAUCGGCAAGGCACCUUCAUCACCAGAGAUUCUUGCCGCGGCCGAGAAGAACAGUGAGGGAAUGGUCAGUGUGGUGGAGAAGGCAUUGAGGGACAAGAAGUUCCUCGUUGGCGAUGAGCUCACGAUAGCCGAUCUGUUUAUGAUUGCUGCUAUUGCUAGAGGAUACCAAUUUGUGUUUGCCAAGGAGUGGACGGAAAAGCACCCCGCCAUCCACGCGUGGUACUGGCGCAUCAAGAGCGAUGACAUCUGGAAGAAGAUUGACGGCGAGCCCGAUCUGAGGAAACGACAUGUAGAGAACUGCCAUGUCUCCUCCCAAGCUUCACCACCCAAGACGGCACCUCCUCCUUCAGCCAUGAAUACACCACAUAUCGACUCGCCCAGCACGACCGCUUGGAUGGACGUCUUGUUGACACACCCACCGCCAGCUCAGAAUGAAGUAGCAGAGCCAAUGCAGCAGCACACCCAGACCUAUGAGCCUCCAUCUUCAGGAGUAUCCAGCGAGAUUCGAUGCGUCGAGGCUUUCUUCGAUGGAUUCCAUCGGAACUUUCCCAUUCUACACGAGGGAUCAUUCCAUAUCGUAUCGACACAAGUUCCUUUGUUGAACGUAAUCACCGCUGUCGGAAGCCUCUACUGCGAGUCUCCGUUCGACGAGGCCGCUCGGAAGGCCGUGUUCGAGUCUACUCUAUCUGCACUACAGCAAUAUGUCGAGCAGACCCGAUCACGAUACCAAGAAAUAUGGGUUCUUCAAACUUUUCUCCUCCUUGAGUUCCUAGGCAUCUACGGCGGCAACGACACGAAUUUCCUCAAAGCUCAGCGCAUUCACCGGGACCUAAUUGACGCGAUACGGCUUCUCCAGAUGUCCCAAGACAGUUCCCUAGAGUCUCUGUCUACCAGCUGUGGUGAAGACAGUGGAUAUGGCGAGGAGGGCGACGAAGACGAUAUCAACGAACCGGUCAGCGCCGAAGCGCUCAGUGAUCAAUGGCAGGACUUCAUCAAGAAGGAAUCCAAGAAACGAUGUGUCUACAUGCUCUACCUUCUCGAUUCGCAACUCGCCAUCCUCUGCAACCUCAGACCCAUGCUCUCCUCGCUCGAGAUCAAGUACGAUUUGCCCUGUUGCGAGGAUAUCUGGCUCGCCCGCUCCGACAGAGAUUGGUACGAGCGCCGCCGGCAACGAUUCAAAUCCUUUGACGAGCCCGACGACAAUGCCUAUUCACACGAGACACCCCCGUCGCAAGGCUUCUUCUAUGAAGCUUCGCAGACGCUCCUGCAUUCAGGACGCGGGGACGACAAGGACAAUGGCGGAGGGGAACGGCAGCCCAAGAAACUCAGGCUUCUAUGGGCUUCGCCUUUUGCCGCCGUCAUCCUUGUCACUCAGCUCCAGAUGAUGGCCCGCGAACUCACGCAUGCUAGUUGUCUACUGGAACGGCCCAAAGCACAGCGCCGAGCCCUUUCCAUCUUGACAGACAAGCAGCACGCGCAGAUAUCGCAGGCACUGAAAGGGAUUGCCGAGCUGGUACCGCGUAACCAGAAGCCUGUCUUCAGUUUCUUUGACUUUGGGCGCAUGGACGUCCUUCCAGACGGCUCGGAUCAAACUCCGCUGUGGCACACGUUUUGGAUACUAUGGUACUACACAUCCAUAACUUUAUCGCACCCGGACUCGCUCUUGGUGAGCGGUGUUGUUGAGUCUAACCUUCCUCUGGCGAUAGCUACCGCCGGCCACCUUGCAACACCACGCUCCAAGGACAAGCGAGACAUUUACGAAGACAGGGAUCUCAACGAUCUCGAAAUGGCCCUCGAUCUAUUGAACCCGAUAAAGUCAACCGCACCGCCUUCUCUCGAAAACCCCUUCAUCACACUGCUCGGCUUCAAGAUCUGCCUCGUAGGCUGGCGCCUCGUACGCCUCACAAUGCCCGCGGCUCAGCGUAGUAGCGUCGGCGAUAUGACUGGGCAUGGUGGGAUGGGUAUGGGACUGGGCAUGGGAAUGGGGAACAAUGCCAACAGCCGCUCUAAUCCCAGUCGCUUUGUUCUGGAUGCCAUCAUGGCCUGUGUCGGGAAUGCCGGAGACGAUGAUGUCGAAAAUGCGGCGGCUGCGCUGGCUAUGUUGGAUGACAGGCCUGUUGACCUUGCACGGAGUGAGGUGCGGUUCCUGGAAUGGAUCGUUGCCAACUUCAACAAGCGCACGACUUGGCCGGUUGGGAAGUGGGUGUCUACGGUUAUGGAGGAGAGCCUUUCCAAGGCGAAGGAAGCGUAUGCAGCACCACUUAGUGAAUGA